CUCAGAUGGAGGCCCCUGAGUGGGACCCUUCGAAAAAUGACACCUCCCCACCCACCUUAAGCCCAGCCGUGCCUCCGUACGUCAAGCUAGGGCUGACCAUCGCCUACACUGUCUUUUAUUCCCUCCUGUUUGUGUUCAUCUACAUCCAGCUGUGGCUGGUCCUCCACUACCGGCACAAGCGGUUCAGUUAUCAGACGGUCUUUCUGUUUCUGUGCCUGCUGUGGGCCUCUCUUAGGACGGUGCUGUUUUCGUUUUACUUCAAAGACUUUGUCAGCGCCAAUUCUCUCAGCCCCUUCGCCUUCUGGCUCCUGUAUUGCUUCCCAGUGUGCCUCCAGUUUUUCACACUGACACUGAUGAAUCUUUACUUCACUCAGGUGAUUUUUAAAGCUAAAUCAAAAUACUCACCAGAACUACUUAAAUACAGGUUGCCUCUCUACUUGGCAUCUUUCUUCGUCAGCUUACUUUUCCUGCUAGUGAAUUUAACUUGUGCGGUGCUUGUGAGACUGGAAAACUCAGAAAGGAAAAGCAUUGUCUUGGUCAGGGUUACUAUAAAUGACACAUUGUUUGUGCUGUGUGCCAUUUCGCUUUCCAUCUGUCUCUACAAAAUUUCCAAGAUGUCCUUAGCGAAUAUUUACUUGGAAUCCAAGGGUUCAUCUGUAUGUCAACUAACAACCAUAGGAGUGACUGUUAUACUACUUUAUGCUUCAAGAGCCUGUUACAAUCUGUUCGUACUGUCCUUUUCUCCGAGCAAGACAAUGAAUUCUUUUGACUAUGACUGGUACAAUGUAUCUGAUCAGGCAAAUCUGAAAAGCCAGCUGGGUGAUGCCGGAUAUUUAGUAUUUGGAAUAAUACUUUUUGUGUGGGAGCUCCUGCCCACUUCCUUAGUUGUGUUCUUCUUCCGCGUUCGAAACUCUACAAAAGACAUAACCAACCCGGGAAUAGUACCAAGUCAUGCAUUCAGUCCGAGAUCUUAUUUUUUUGAUAAUCCUCGCAGAUACGACAGUGAUGAUGAUUUGGCAUGGAGCAUAUCACCACACAGCGUACAUGGCAGUUUCUCCCAUGAUUACUAUGACUGGGGACAUCAAAACAACAGUUUUAUGACUCAUGUUGGAUCCCUCCAGCACGAUUCUAUAUCAGAGAUUGAGUGACCAAGCUCAACAAAGCGCCAGACCAAUGACAAUUUUUUAUUAUUUAAAAAUUAUAGGAUAUUGUUGAGUCAACAAGACAAGUUUUAAAGUGGUAAAAUGGCUCAGC